AUGAAAACUUUUGGCUGCUUCCAGAGGUUGUUUUCAUGUUCAAAAACUUUGCAUAACCAUUCGAAUCCAUUGGGUCUCCCCAAUUUCAAAUCACCAAACACCAAGUUGCCGGUCAAGCAUACGCUUCCUAACGUUAAAAAGGUUCUACUUGUUUCCUCAUGCAAGGGGGGUGUUGGUAAAUCAACAGUUUCUACAAACCUGGCCAUUGCAUUAAGAAACUCCAAUCUUAAUGUAGGAUUACUAGAUGCCGAUAUUUUCGGUCCUAGCAUUCCUAAAUUAAUGAACUUAAAAGGUGAACCAAGGAUUUCACAAGAGGGGAAGUUGAUUCCGAUGAAAAACUACGGUGUUCAAACUAUGUCGAUGGGAUACUUAAUACCAAGUGAGGACAGUCCAGUUGUUUGGAGGGGACUAAUCCUGCAAAAGGCACUACAGCAAUUACUCUUUGAUGUUCAGUGGGAGAACCUUGAUGUGUUGGUAGUUGAUCUUCCGCCGGGGACAGGAGAUGUUCAGUUAACUUUGAGCCAACAAUUGAAUGUUGAUGGUGCCCUUAUUGUUAGUACAUCACAGGACUUGGCGCUAAUUGACGUUAAAAAGGGCAUAGCCAUGUUCAAAAAGGUAAAAAUACCCAUUUUCGGACUCAUUGAAAACAUGUCUGUCUUUGUCUGCCCUAAUUGUAACCAUGAGGAACAUCUAUUUGGUGAUGGAGGUGCUCUUAAGGAAGCUGAAAAGCUUGGUAUUGAGCAUCUUGCAUCUGUUCCUCUCAAUAAACAAAUCUGUCAAAACAGCGACCAGGGUGUCCCCAUAGCACUUGAUCGUGAUUCUCUCUUAUCGAGACCAUACUAUAAGGCUGCACAGAUAUUGAAGAAGGAGCUUGGUUUGUGA